AUGAAGCAAAAGAUGGUGAUCAAGGUGAGCAUGCCGUGCGAGAGGAGCCGAUCCAAAGCCCUGUCGCUGGCCGCCCAAGCAGACGGGGUAAUCUCCGUGGAGAUCACCGGCGACGACAAGGACAAGCUGGAGGUGGUCGGCGACGCCGUCGAUACGGUCUGCCUGGCCAGCUGCCUGCGCAGGAAGCUCGGCCACGCCGACAUCCUGCAGGUGGAGGAAGUGAAGGACCCUCCGCCGCAGCCGGAGCCAGUACAGCCGCAGCCAGAGGGCUACACGUGUGAGUGUCCCUUCUACCACCACCAUCCGCCGCCGCCAAUGGUCAUCUGCGAGUGCGAGGGACCAAGCAAUUGCGCCAUCAUGUAA